AUGAAGAACAGAAGUGAAAGGUUAAUGGAACUAUUUGAAAUAAUGCUGCAAUCUGAGAAAAGACUGGAUGAAUCGAUCACCCAGAAAAAGAUGGCAGUCGAAGAAGCUCAUUUCAAAAAGAUAAAGAAAAUGUGCACUGUGCGAAUAAAUAUAUCCCUGGAGAAGACAUCAGAGAACUCUCUUUUCAUUUUAAUCGGUGGAAAGGUAAAGGAAGAGGCAGGUGAAGGGGAGGAUGAAGGAACGACAGAAAUAAAGUCUAUUGGAAGUGUGCUAAGCAAAUUAUAUGUUGAGUUAUCAGAGACCGAAGGGGAGAUUAGCAGACCGCAGGGUGAUAGGGCUCAGGAAACAGAGCCAUCUGCCAAAAGGGUAAGAAUGUCAACAGGAGAGAGCGAGACCUUCUUUGAGUGGCAUAACAGAACAACCACAUCAGACGUGUCUGAGUUUGAGAUUAAGACAUCUGCAAAGUCAUCGCAUGGCCGCCUAUUUAUUAGCUUCAUGAGUUACACAGGUGUUUUUGAUUUGUGCAGUGACCUGGCAGGGCCCAUUGGCAUGAAGAGAGGCACCAAGUCAGGAAUUCUUCUAGCCAUAUGGAAGUACAUUACAGCACAGAAGAUGCGAGAUCCAUUGCGGAAUAAAACAAUCUUGUGCAAUGAUGUAUUUAAAAAGGUAUUUGAGAAGGAUGAAAUAACAUUCAGUGAAAUAAUCCAAGACCUAGGGAAGUUCAUGUCUCCUGUUGAGAUGAUUACCUUUGACUUUGCAGUCCCCACCCAGGUAGGAGGCAAGCUGCAGUAUUCUUAUGACAUUACAGCAGAGCUGGAUCCGAUCUCAAGGGAGUACGCAUACGCGAAUAAUGCAAAAAUAGCAAUUCUGAACAAAAAGAUAGAAGACAUACAGGUGAGAAUAGAAAAGCAGAAUGAAAAAAUUGAUGGCUUAGACAGAUUCAUUGAAAACCCAAAGAGAUACAUUAACAACUGGAUAUUAAACAGCUCAAAGAAUCUUCACUUAAUUGCAGAUGACUUGUUUGAUGUAAAUGAUGGAUUCUACACCCAGAAAGAAAUACAAGAAAGCGUGUACCAACUGCUGCAAAAUUACAAAUAA